CAGGCUACAUUACAAGGAGGCAGCUGGUGAAUAGGAUCAGAGUGGGAGAGUCAUUGCGCUAACGCCGGACUAAAACAAAAGAAAGCACGACAUGGAAUAAAGCAGGACGGCGCUUUAGAAGAAUCGCUCGGUUUCUCUCCGUCAUUCGACACCGGCCAAAGGACUUUAUUUCGUGCGAUUUCGCUCUUUGGUGUGCAAUACAACAAUUCAAAAUGCGCCUGGCAGUUUGAACUGUGAUGGGGAGAGACUGUGUCGUUGUAACGUUGGAUAUCGAUUGUCUUAUCUUGCGUCGAUUUCUUCACAUUUAAACUUGACGGAUAUGAUGUGUCGAUUUGUUUGGUAAGGAUACACGUUUAAAAACAAAAGCUGAAGCGAAUCGGCGUCAGCUAGCUCGCUAGUGAAGUUAGCAUUGACAUUAGCCCGCUCCUCAUGGUGGACAUUUAAAUACACCUCAAGUGGAUUUAUCUUUUUUGCUGGUUUUAUGUGGAAAUUACUUGAACGUCUUGAAGUUACUUCUGAAAAAGAGCUUGUCAACACGGCGGUUCUCUUGAGCUGUAUUUAUAACUCUGUCAGAGACUAUCUCCUAGAAAUGAAUCACCACGAGCGAUCCGGUGACUCCGCCAGCGCCCGAAAAAUGGUUUACCCGUCGAGUUUACCCAGACGGGAGAGCAGCAGCGGCACGGUAGGUGGUUCCUCUUCAUUGACAGCUUCAGGAAGCGCCAGCCUUAACAUUAACAACUUGAUGCUAGGGGAAGAUUAUUCACCACCUGUGAUGAUUCAGUCUCAGACACCGGCCACAUCCUCACUUGGGCCUCAGAAUCCUCCUCAGAGUCUGAAUAUCCCUUUGCAGUCAACCCUGUUACCCCAAACUCUACCCACUGCAGUGGCACAGAUGAAAAAGAAAAGUGGCUUUCAGAUCACCAGCGUUACCCCAGCUCAGACAUCUGUCAGCACCAACAACAGCAUUACAGAAGACACUGAGAGUUGUGAUGACUUGGACGAAUCCCACACAGAGGAUUUGUCCUCCUCUGAGAUCUUGGAUGUUUCCCUUUCACGAGCUAACAAUCCAGGAGGACCAGAAAGGAGCUCCUCUGAGGAAACGCUGAAUAACUUCCACGAGGUGGAGACCCCGGGGGCCGUGUCACCCAAUCAACCUCCUAUCCUCACCCAGGCACACCCACAUAGCACUAUGGUUAAUGGAACUGUUCACCAUCAUCAUCAUAAUCAUGGACAACAUCCAUCUGGAAAAGCCCAUCCUGCUGUAGUUGGAGCUGGUGGGGCGCAUAUAGGAAAACCAUUGGUUCCUCCAGUGACAUCUGUUGUGACCUCAAGUUCUGGAGCUUUAGCAGGCACAGGCCAGAAAAUGCCUUUAAAAGUGGUAGGAAUUCUUGAGAACGCCUCUCUUGGCACAACCAGUGUCAUCGGUCAGCCUUUGUCUACUGUUGCCUCAGGAACCGGAAUGAUUUCUGUGGCUUCAGGUGCAACAAUUAGUACUGGUAAUACUACAAUAAGUAAUGUUUGUAUGUUAAAUUCUGCCGGUGUGCCUGCCUUGGGUGGCAUAAAUACCACUAGUAGCAGUGUAAAUUACUCCCCUGGAUUGAAUAGUAUUAGGAACCAAAAUGUAAACUUGACACACAUUCAGAGUGGAAUAAUUGGUGUGGGCAUCACCAUGGCAACCACUGGUACCACUGUUUCUGCUAUGGCUUCAACAGGUGGAGGGCAGGUGGGGCCAGCUGUUAUGGGCCAGCAUGCAGUGCUGGCUUCCUCUGUCCCUGUGUUGAAUGCCCUGCCUCAGGCCCAAGUGCCUACUCCUGCCUCCACAAGCUCACGUUUCAGAGUGGUUAAAUUGGAUUCUACCUCUGAGCCUUUUAAGAAGGGUAGAUGGACAUGCACUGAGUAUUAUGACAAGGAGGCCCCCAAUGCAGCACCCUCUGAAAAUGCCCCCAGCACUCGAAGCGUGGAAAGCAUUCGGCAGUUUGUACCUGAGAGUGUGGUGUGCCCGGAGAGAGAGUCUGUUAGUGGGAUCUCUGUCAACAGUUCUGCUAGCCAUUACACUGAGAGCCUGGGCAGUGGAGAAACUGGUGGCCCCUCAGCUGUGCAGCAAACAUUUCAGCAUUCCUCCACUCAAAUGCAUGACUACUCUGCUUCUAAUAUAACUCAGAUGCAAUCCCAGGACAUAGUGCAUGCGCAUCUUAAGACUAACGUAGUAGCCCCAAUGUCAGCGAGGAUUCAGCAGCAGGCCCCAGCAACUAUUGGAGGGUUGCAGACCGCUAUUGGACAUUCAUCUACUUCUGUGGCCCUUCACAUGCCUAAACUGACAUAUGCCCAGGCAGCACAAACUUCUGCUCAAACUCAGCAGCAGAUGGGCUACCCCCCUGCACAGCAGCCAGCUGCACCAGCCCAGGUAGUGUCGGCUCACGUUAACCCCUUAAACCAGGGAGUCAGUAUGCCAGCUGACUUCCCUCAAUCCAAACAGAUCAUCAACACUGUGGCACCUGGAUCACAAACAUUGCCCCAGCUGUCUGCAUCCACCCCACCUGUAGUGGUGUCCGGGAACAGUCAGCCAAUAACUUCACAACAACCUCUGCCGACUCCCGCUGCUCAAUCACGUCCUCAAGGGCUUCUGCAGCCGCAACAAACACCCACCCCUCAGAUUAUCCAAGUGUCCACUGGUGGUGUCCUGCCUCAGCUUGUGCAGUCUGGGGCCGGUCUCAUACAGAAGACCCACGGCCAGCAUCUCCCCUCUCAACCUUCUUUGGAGCAGCAAACACAGAUCAGCGGUCAAGGCCGUGGAACCCAGUUUAUCCCAGCCGUGACCUCCAAUCUGCCCACGUCAGGCGUGCCUCCAAACAUUCAGAGUGAGCCUCAGUCCAGUGUGAUCCAAAACUGCUCUAAGGAGCCUGGAAUGCAGCCUGUGGUUAGCGCCUUGCCCUCUGCAAUGCCAACACCACUCGAGGAUGCUCAGCUCCUUCUGUUACAGCACCAAUCACUGCUGACACAACCCAAGCCGACCAGUGGUGAAUGUGCCCCCCAGGCUGCCACCGCCCGUGGUCCUGAGGGUUGCAGUGGAGUCAAUGCCUUAACUGCCUCAGCCAGCCUGCUGAAGAGCCUGCCUGUAGAUGGCGAGGAAGAUGGCUCAUCUGGUGCCAGUGUUGUGGCCAUAGACAACAAAAUUGAACAAGCGAUGGAUCUUGUGAAGAGUCACUUGAUGUAUGCUGUUCGGGAGGAGGUGGAAGUGUUAAAGGAACAGAUUAAAGAACUAAUUGAGAGAAAUUCUCAGCUUGAACAGGAAAACAACCUGCUCAAGAACCUGGCUAGUCCAGAGCAACUUGCACAGUUCCAGGCACAAGUUCAAAGCGGUUCACCACCUUCAUCCACUCAAGGAGCACAGCCACCUGCCCCAUCAGCCCAGCACGCAGCACAAAACUCUGGACCCUCGGCAUAGCACAGGAUGAAUGUUCCCGUUACAGACAACGAGUGGCCCGAAAAAUAAGUAAAACAGACUGAAGCUUAUGAACAAACAUGUCUCACUCGCAUGUAGACUGACAAAAUUUGCACACCUUUCAAAACGUGAUAAUUGUCGUACACACUAUUGACAAUCCAGUUGGCUGUUGACUGAUGUUGGAUGUUGCCAAAAUCCAUGGACUGCGAUUGUCAGGUGGAAGAAAAUAAUCCAAGAGGACACACCGUUAAAAAUCCACUGUGCCUGUGUCUAAAGUAAUGUUGGUUUUCAGUUCAGGCUGUUUUUCAUGUCUCACUUACGUUUGUAGUGUAAAUGCUGACUGCGGUCUUUUUAGACUGUAAGCUUAUAUUAACAAGCACUUUGACGGUGACGAAUGUGAUAAACUCUGCCAAUCUGUGCCCCAUCUGGCAUGGGGAAGGUGGAUGCAAAGAUGACUUGCAUAGUUGCAUUGGUUUAAUUAUGCUACUUCUUUGAAUGAAGAAAAGGAAGAGCUGUUUUGCUUUAAAUGCUGAUUCUUUCUCUUGCACAUUCAAGGCUGCUUAUCUUUGCAGUGAUACAUGCAAGAAUGAUAGGUGAGAAGUGAGCUGAAUGCUCAUUCUUUCUCUUGCAAAUUCAAGACUGCUUAUCUGUGCAGUGAUACAUGCAAGAAUGAUAGGUGAGGAGUGAGCUGAAUUUUGAGGCGGACAGGCUAAUGUAAACUAUUGUAAGAUGAGUGUAAGUAUUUUGUAAAAUAGCGAUAUCAUGCGAAACAGUUAAAGAGACUAUAUAGGUUGUACAGAUAGAGGCAUAGUUGUUGGCUUGCCCAGAUGAUGUCUUUUUAAUGCUGUUAAAACAAGACCUGUCUUGUGAUAUUUAUCUGACAAUUGGAAACUACUCAUCUAACACAUACUGUACACUACUUGGUUCACCUUAAAUGAUUUGAAGUAUUACACCCAUGUGAUUUCAGUUUUGACAGUGAAGUGUUUUGGAUCAAUCUUUUAACCUACAGUUACUCUUGACUAUCAUAUAGCUGACAGAUUUAGACAUUGUGUACAAGUUGUAUGCUUAUGUUCUGUGCAUGUUCUCAAACCAGUAGAUAAAUUGUAAAAUACUGUAAUAGCACUUGCCAGUUGCACUUCACAUCUCUCAAUAAAGUCAUGUUUGUGAA